UCACCACCCCUCCACAUAAAUAGUAAAGGUCUUAUGCAUUCUGACAUGCGUGAAGAUUAGAAUUUGGGGUAACCCUUGUCUCUGUGGCUGAAAACCUAGCUGAUGUACGCCAUGGGUUAGGCUUAACUUCACCAUUAAGAUUCCGAGAUCUACAAGACGAAGCUUAAAACCUGUUUCGCCACCCCACAUGCUUAAGGUCGGCCGAGCUCCAAGUCAUCCCUCCUUUCCUGCUUUCAACACGAGGGAUCUUCUAAGUCUCGGUGAAGUUCAUUUGUUGUACCUCCUAAUCAAUUCGCCUUAUGGCUCUUUCAACGCUCGGGUUACUUACCGUCGGCGCCAUUCCGACAGUUAUUGGUGUCGCAGAAGCAAUAGAUGCCCAGAAAAAACAGAACCAACAAGCGAAGGAUAGAAUAAAAUUCAGGUUAACGGCAAACUUCUCACAUGAUGACGUUGCGCCUCCGCAAGCUGCUUUGGUAGUCUUCAAGGACAAGAAGCUGUAUCUAAGCCAUCCGGCGUGUCCAGUAGAGGGUUUCCCGUUUAAUGGCUUCUAUUUCGGUUAUCCGGGGCCCGAAAAUCACCAAGGCCUGGUAGCCCCCAUAGCGGACGACCCGCCGAUGCUUAACUGGAUAUAUGCAGACAAGGACACGGGCCUACUCCGUCACGGUUCAAGAUCAGAGACUGUUGGUCACACCAUUGGGCCCUGGAGUUGGACAGAAGACGAGGAGUGGUUAACGCUCGAGAACGGGCAAAAUUUCGUGGCCGUCCAGAACGACGAAGGCACAUGGAAUGUGUACUACGACAAAGACGGGAAUUUGGACGAGGCUUUGGACUGUGAUGUGGUAGAUAUCAAAUUACAUCGCGAGCUACAGCUUGGAGUAUCCAGUCGAUAUACGAGAGGAGAUUAGUCAACAACAGCGUUAGAUUAAUUAAUAGGACAAGUCAACAAAAAUAUAUAUAUAAUAAAAUGGAUUAGAUGAAAUAAUCAUAAUAGAGUACGC